AUGAGUGCUCUCAAGACCUCCGUCGAUGUCGAAGGGUCCAAUGCCUAUGUCAUCGCACAAUGCUCCGCCUUCAAACCUCACCGGGCCCCCACCCAACACGGCUGGAUCGCAUGGCACACCGAAACAUUCUCGUGGCCCUGCGAGCCAAGGGACUUCCGACCCAGUAAGGAUAAACUACUUCGAGAAGAAGUACUGAGUCGACUUUCCUUUCAUGUUCUUACAAGGGUUCGGGGAGUUUCGGGAAGCGUGGGAAUUCUUGACAAUGGCCGCAGAGCCUGCAAGGGAAUGGCAGCGGGCAUUUGCCCCACACCAAUACCUGUGGGCAUGUCUCUUUUGUGA